CUUAGCUCAUGCUAGCUGAUCAUGGGAGAGCUACUUCUCUUUGUGAUGGACUGUGUGGAUUUAGUUCUUGGUUUAAAACAUGCUUGCUGAACCAGUUGCCAAUGCCUGAAGGCCAUGUACCCUCCUGGUGCCUCACCCCCUACUUGGACCCAGACAUGCUGGCUCAGAAGCUCUCUCUUCAUGCCAUGCAAGAAUAUGCUGAAGUCUCUAGGCAUUCAACUUGUAUUGUCCGAGAUAAUGUAAAUGGCAAGUGCUUUGGUAAGAUAGUGGACAAGAGUAAUCAGCCUGCUACUAUACAAAGCUCACUAGAAAGAAACCAGCCAGAUUCAAGUAGAAAUAACAAGUCAGGGUCUUUGAAGAAUAUGGAUGAAGAUGCCAUGUCAACUAUCAGCGAAAACUGCGGAAAAACGACAAAUAAACAAAGUUCCCUUCUGGCUUUAAAGAAUGAGACUGGAAAUGAUAUGGUUGAAGACUCUGCUGCACUUUACCUGUUGUCAGUUGUAAGAUCUGUUUUAUCUUAUCAGCACACAUUCACAAAUAUUAGGUGA